AUGGUUCAUGAGAAGAGAGAUGGAGAGCAUUGUAAGCAGAGAUGGCAUAAAAUCAAUGGGGAUACAAACAAGUAUUGUGCAGCAUACGCAGCUGCGGAGAGGCUUCAAAGUAGCGGUCAGAAUGACAACGACUUAGUGAAGAAAGCUCAUGAGAUCUACUUUGCGGAUCACGGCUCCAAGUUCACCUUGGACCAUGCAUGGUGUCUUCUGAGAUACGAACAAAAGUGGCUGAGCCUGAACACUCCAAAGUCUGGCGGUGAGAAGAGAAAGACUGGUGAGGUUGGUUCCCAAGCAUCAAGCAGUAAAGUUGGUGAGGAAGAGCCCCGUCCUGAAGGUAUCAAAGCUGCGAAAGCAAAAAGGAAUUCUAGGAAGGGGAUGGCUGUCGAGGACUUUAAGAGCGUCCAUGAGCUCAAGAUGGAGGAUUUGGUGAAGAAGGAGAGGCUCUCGAAGCUGGCCAUUUUAGACACUCUCCUUGCUAAGAAGGAGCCAAGCGAGAGUGAAGAAAAUGCCAUGAGAUUGGAUUAUUCGUACACGCAGCCGUCUGAGUCGGAGGAUUAUGGUUUAGGAGGUUCAGCAGACAGUGGAAACAACUCUACAGAUUUGAGUUUCAACCAAGAGAAGUUCCGGAUACAAAUUUGA